AUGUCUGCAGCAGUCACAACACACGCGGCCGAGUCGGCAACCGGCCACGCAUCAGGCGCUUCGCUCGCCAACAUUGGAGGCGCCGCAGCUUCCGCAAAUGCUCUCGGCAUCCAGUCCUUCUACCAGUCCAAGAUUCGAUCGUACGAGAUCCUCAUCAACCAAAAGACUCAGAACCUGCGUCGUCUCGAAGCGCAAAGAAAUGCUCUCAAUGCCCGUGUCCGACUUCUUCGCGAGGAGCUCCAGCUUCUUCAGGAGCCAGGCUCGUACGUCGGCGAGGUUGUCAAGGUGAUGGGCAAGAAGAAGGUGCUCGUCAAGGUACAGCCUGAGGGCAAGUAUGUGGUCGACAUCGCCUCCGACAUCGACAUCUCCACCCUCACACCGACACUGCGCGUUGCCCUCCGCUCCGAUUCCUACACCCUUCACAAAGUGCUCCCCAACAAGAUCGACCCUCUUGUCUCGCUUAUGAUGGUCGAGAAGGUUCCAGAUUCCACCUACGAGAUGGUCGGUGGUCUUGACCGUCAGAUUAAGGAGAUCAAAGAGGUUAUUGAGCUGCCCGUCAAGCACCCAGAGCUCUUCGAAUCGCUUGGUAUCGCGCAGCCCAAGGGUGUUCUGCUCUACGGUCCUCCUGGUACCGGCAAGACGCUGCUUGCGCGAGCGGUAGCCCACCACACCGACUGUCGCUUCAUUCGUGUCUCUGGUUCCGAACUCGUGCAAAAGUACAUCGGCGAAGGCUCGCGUAUGGUCCGAGAGCUCUUCGUCAUGGCGCGAGAGCACGCGCCUUCCAUCAUCUUCAUGGACGAGAUCGACAGCAUUGGUUCGUCCCGUGGCGAGAGUGGUUCCGGCGGUGGUGACUCGGAGGUGCAGCGUACCAUGCUCGAGCUUCUCAACCAGCUCGACGGUUUCGAGGGCACCAAGAACAUCAAGGUCAUCAUGGCCACCAACCGUAUUGACAUCCUCGACUCGGCUCUCCUGCGUCCUGGUCGUAUCGACCGCAAGAUCGAAUUCCCUCCUCCGGGCCCCGAGGCUCGUGUCUCGAUCCUCCGCAUCCACAGCCGAAAGAUGUCGUUGCAACGAGGCAUCAACCUCCGUGCGCUGGCCGAAAAGAUGGGCCAAUGUUCGGGUGCCGAGGUGCGAGGUAUCUGCACCGAAGCCGGCAUGUACGCGUUGAGAGAGCGUCGUCAACACGUCUCGCACGAAGACUUCGAGCUCGCCAUUGCAAAGGUCCUCCGCGCCCAGGCCUCGUCCGAGACCUCGGUCAACAAGCUCUUCACCUGA